UUAAGUUUGAGACAUCCGGUUCGGCUAAGAAGAAAAAAAAUAUCAACACUUCUGACAUUUUCCGACGUUCAUCAACAAAAUGAGCUUUUAUCCCAAAACAGAUGGUUAAAAUUUAGAAAUGGACGGUAUGGAAGAUAGCGGAUUUGACAGUGACCAAAAAUCAACUCAAGCAUUAACCACGGAUUCCCCAGCAAAUAGAAAUACUGUUUGUCAACAGAAUGGAGUCCAGUCAUCACAGAAGAAAACACUUGAUUUACAGAAGAAAAUAAAUAAACAUAAGGAAAAGGCAGCAAGUAAAAACAGAGUUGUGAAUCAACAGCCAAAAAAAUAUCUGCUUUCCAGAAACAGAUUAAGUGUACCCAGUAAACAAGACUUACUUGCCAAUGAACAUGACAAUCAGCCUCUUGUAGCAAUCAUGUCAGAUGAUAGUGAAGAUGAUGAUUUUGAAUCUCCAAUGUUUUCCAAAGCUGCAACUAAAGAAAUAGCUCAACAAUUGAUUAAAGAUGGCUACAAUUUAGAUCUGGAACCUGAUGAUGAAGAUCUUGAUUUAAUACCCCCACGACCGUUAAAUGAACGUUGUAUUUGUUGUCCUAAUUACCAAGGAUCAUGUGUUAUGCAAUGAUAUUACAGCUUUUGUUAUAGAAUGAAAUUAAAAUCUUAUAGGUUAUUUGUCUGUAAACAGUAGAAUUUCCAGUCUAUUGUAGUGACUGAAUGUAAAGAUUGGAGAUUUAAACACUUUCAAAAACAUAAAAUUUACUUAGUUUAUCUUCAGUAAUGUAAAACUGAACAUUGUAGUUAAAUAAUAUUUACAAAAAUUUGACAGCAUUGUAAAAUGACCAGCAAUUUUUUUUUUUUUGCUUGCAGCUUGAAUUGAGUUUUUAACGCAUUAGCUAGCUUUAUUUAAAACUUUGUCAUUAAAAAAUCUUUUUUUUUAUAUUAGUACGUUUUUUUAAAGGAAAGUUAAGUGUUAUACUGCACUUGUACAAUGCUUUAUAAUAUCGCACUCUUACUUACAUUUGAUUUAAUUCUACACACAGUUAUAAUACAUUAUAAUACUCAGUAUAAAUUGUCUGAGUGAUAAUAUAAGAUCUUCCAUUAUUUUUUUGCUCAUGUAACAUCCUUGAGGUGUUUCUGCUAGCAUUUAGUUUUGCAUUGUUAUAUUUGCAAAUUUGCAUGUUUAGGAUGAAAAGUUGUUCUGUUAUUGAUAUUUUUCACGCAUAAUCAAUAUUUUUAUUUUAUUUUAUAUAUGUUUUGCUUACAUUCCAUUAGAUGCUGUAUUUUAUUUGUAUAUUAUUAAGGUCCCCCCUAAAAAGUACCAAUGUUAAAACUAUUGUUCAUUGACUAAAAUUAUAAGAUUUUAUUGUAUGGUUGAAAAUCUGUAAUAUUGUGUAUUUUUUGUAUAUGUGUAUUAGAUGAUCUGAAUGUGUAUGUGGGAAUAUGGCAAAGUUAGAAGGUUUUUGUUAGUACUUUUUCAUUAAAAAACAUACAUGGUACCCAGGGAAGUCCCCUUGAACACUUGGUAGCUAUGUAUAGAGGCAAUUUUAUAAUUUCACUUUCUAAAAGGUUAUUGCCACCCACCCAUAGAUGAGGUUUCCAAAUGUCCCCUCCCUUUGUCCCACGUCUGUUUUUAUGGAACAGCCCUGAGAGAAUGUUGCUUAUAGAAGUGAUCAUUAAUACAUCAAAGAUAGAAAAAUAAUAGAAAAUUUAAAAAAUGUAAAAAAUAAAUCCGUAGUGUUUCACAGUUUUCAGUGUAACAAAACAUUAUAAAGCUUAUACUCUUAUUCUUAAGCUAGUUUGAAGAUAACAUCAUUAUCCAUAUGAGCAAAGGUAUCAGCCAAACAAUCUAGUAUCAAGGAAGACUUGGGCUUAGCCUGAGAUGGGUUGAGGCUCGAUACCUCUGACAAUAUGAAAACCCCCAUGUUAUGAUGCUUGUAUAAUAUAUUUUUACAUCAAUUAUUACUACAAAACAAAAACUUAUUUCUCACUCUUGUUUUGUUUUCUUACACAUUUUUUAACAAACAAAAUGACUAUCCGGACUUCCAACUAAGAUAAUGUCUCUUAUAACUUGACAUCAUGUUUUGACAGUAAUACUGACAUGGAAAACAUUCCUUUAAAUAGUAUUGGAACCAGUUUUUAUCUUGAUUAAGACAUGAUAAUGAAAUUAUUAAAGUCUGAUAUAGAUAUUUUUUGGUAUUCUGUAUGAAGGUUAUAUUUAAUGUCCCCAUUAUCAGCACACUGGUCUUAGAAAGCAUUGUUUUGUACAUGAAGUAUCAUUUAAAUAUUUGAUAAAUUCUUAUCAAAUCUUAUUUAUAAAGAAAAUAGUGACAAGAAAAGAUUUUAGUUAUUAUAUUUCAAUUACAUUUCUAGUUUUUGUUAACAUCUGAAUGUUUAAGAUAAUCAAGGGACAAUUUUUCUAAGUUUUCAAAUUUUUUAUUUUUUUUCCAAAGUGAAAAAACCUUAUAGUCCAUGUUUUGUUUUAUAAUGAAGAUACAAUGUUAAAUAUUUAAUGGCAAUUUGAUCAUUAGAAAUCCUAGAAAUAUACAUGUAGUUUUAUAUACAUUUCUGAAAUCCAGUCUUUCUGAAGUAUAUAUAUUAAGACAGUUCUUUUUCUUAUAUAUUAUUUAUAUUUAUAUUAUUCUGUUUCAUUUUGUUUAAAGUUAUAUUGUUUGUUGAUAUUAUAUAAAGAAUUAAGUGUUCUGUUACAUACAGGUGAUUAUAUAUUUUGUGGUCUUAUGGCAAUGUUUUUAUGAGUAGAAUUUUUGUUGUUGAGAAUAACGACUUGUUACAAGGGCUACAAUAUGAUACAUAUGGUGAAAUCCAGAACAUUUUGUUUUAUCAAAAGGUUGAUAUCUCUUAAAUAAUAAAAGUUUGUUACAUUCUUAUAGAUAUUUAACUGAAAUAUACUAACUAAAUUUAAUUGAGGCUUUUUCAAAAGUUUUUUUCAAGCAAUCCAAAGUUUACUGAAGUUACAUAAAUUUUGCACAUUUAUUUACAAUUUGUUUUUAAUAAGUGGUCACAUGGUCUGGUAUGUUAUAUGAGUCUUGAAUGGAUUUACAAGUAUUGAUGAAAAUUAUAUUAGCAAUUCAGGUGUUAUGUCUCUUCUCUUCAGUCAAUAGGUUAAAAAAAACCAAUAAUAAUCAAUGUUAAAAGGUGCUUUCUGUAGCUACAAGUAGAAAUCAAAAGUGUAUAUAGCAAUGUCUAGUAUUUACAGCAUUUGAGUUUGACCAUUAGAAUUAGAAUUAAGAUUUAAAAGUAGAUAUUAAAUUUCAUGUCAAAAAUUAUUUCUAUACAGUUCACUCGAUAAUUUUAUACAAUGAUGAUACUCUUGUAUCUUUAAUCAGCUGCAUUGGUAAAAUCCAAUUGUUACAUAUCUUGGUAUUUAAGGUUACAGUAGAAAUUCUUUCAAGACAUAAAGGAUAGAUAUGUUAUAAUAUUGAAGGUUAUCUAUCUUUGUUCACUGAGUAAAAUAAUGUUCACAUUUUGAACAAUCUUUUUCAUGUAUUUAGAUUAAAGCUAUAUUCAUAGAUGGAUUUAAUACAAUACAAUUUUAAACUAAGUAGUACAAAUAUAGACAUUGUUGACUCAAAUGUAAUUAAUGCUAAGAAGGAACAUACAAAAUACUAUAAGAUUGUGAUUGUAUGCGGAGUCUACCACAGAUGAUGUAUUAUUGACAUUGUAUAUGUAAGCCUUGACAAUGAUAUACUAAAAUUAGAGAUGAAAACAUGCAAUAUAUAUAAAUUUUUGCAAUGGUUUUUAGGGUCAUUUGUGCAAUUAUAUAUUUUAGUUGUAAAAGUUCA